UGCUCAUGACUAUGUAAUGUGCGUAUUCAAAUCGAGCCGUUGCCGGGGCAACCCGAGGCCCUGUUACUCACGCGAAUCCCUGGAAGUACCUGAGGAGGCAGCGCGGGCCCGGGAACGGAGGGAACCCAAGGCUCGCUCCUUCGCUGGGGCUUUUUUUUGGCGGGAGCAGCCCCUUCUGUUUCUUUGGUCCUCUUACUCUGGGGGUAAGGGAAAGGGGAGGGGCGCCACCUUUUUGCAGCCCCAGGAGACAUGAAGCCGAGAUUAACACCAGAGAGAGAGAAAACAUCUUUGUACUGAAAAUGGAAAGAGUGCUUGCAAAUUGACCUGCUUGCUGGACAGUGCUACAUCCGUUACACUCCUUUAGUUCUUCACAUGCUUCAUUUGUAGAAUCUUGUAGUGGAUGACAAGUGCAACACUUCAGUUACUUCCAGGACAUUCUGGGAUGGACCUAAACUGGAAAUUAGGCCGAGUCUCAAGACCAGGUUCUGCUACAGUUCGGGUCACAGAUUUGGGUCGGCAGGGUCUCCUGAAUCCCAGUCCAUCAAUUAAAGAUGAUGAUGAAGAACUACUUGUGAAUGAAUAUCUUUCCCCCAACAAACUGAAAACACUGACUGGGCUAGAUGAUCUGCGUCAAGUGAAAGCUCUAGAGAUGCAUGUAGACACAAGAGAGAACAGCCUUGGAAACUUUGGUGCUUAUCUGCCUAAUCUAAAACAACUGAAACUGAAUAGCAGCAUGCUUAUGUCAGUGAGGGACCUUGGAACAGCAUUGUCUAAUCUUCAAGUCCUCUGGAUGGCUCGCUGUGGGCUUCCAGAUUUAGAUGGUAUCUCUUCCUGCUGCUCUUUGAAGGAACUCUACAUAGCAUAUAACAAUAUUGCUGACUUAAGUCAACUUAGCCUGUUGGAGCACCUUGAGAUUCUAGACCUAGAAGGAAACAACGUGGAGGACCUCAGUCAGAUUCAGUAUCUGGGGCUCUGUGUUACUCUGUCUGCCCUUACAGUGGAAGGAAAUCUUAUUUGCUUGAAGCCAAGCCCACAAUCUCCAGAGGUCCCAGACUACAACUACAGAGCUGAGGUGAAAAAACUCAUCCCUCAUUUAAAGUAUUUGGAUGAAAUACCAGCAGACCAAACUGAUCUUCCUUUCCCAUGCAAGAUGAACAAAGAGUGGCUACUUGUCAAGGAAUCCAUCAAAGAUGGAAGUUUAGUUGAAGAGGCAUAUUGUUCAGAUUCUUAUUUAGGACCUGUAGCAAGAAGGCCCGGCUCUGCUGUGAGACCUGCCAUAACUCAGCUCUUGUCAGCUUCUCGACCUCAGAUUCCACAAAGACCACUUAGCGCCCACUUGCUCUCUGGUAGUAGCACCCUCCUGGAGGCUACCAUCUGUGAUGAGAUGUUGCCUGAAGAUGACGCCAGUGACUUGACACAUGGUGUCAGCAGAGUUAUUUGUGGGAACCCCAUCAAAGCUCUUCAUGCACGGAGACAGAAACUAGGUCCUACAGUAAUGAACCUGUUUCAGCCACCAAGUCAGCUGGCAGUACAUCCCUUUGGCAUUGAAGAAACUGAUUAUGUAAAUACGGAUGACAUCUACGCUGAGCUGAAACUCCUGAAAGAGCAUCACCUCCAGCACCUACAAGCUCUCCAAAGGGCAAAUUCUCCCCAGGAGCUAAAAACAACACCAACAUUAAGUGAGGAGGAGGAACACUACAGCCUGAGUGACAGCUGUGAUGAAGAUCUGAAAGAAGCCACUCAGGAGGAGAUCAUGGAAAUCACAUCAUCAGAUUCUUCUUGUCAGUCCCAUCUUUCUCAGUCGUCAUCAGAUUCAUUGCACAUCCAGGAAAAUUCAUUGCCCACCAUUAUAAAGCGCUCUAUUGUACCCUCUCCUCCAAAAAGUCCCUCGCCUGCAUUCAUACAGCGAGUGAGAACUGAGUUUGUUGGAGCUAGACGCCUGAAAGUGCACAGUUCAGAAAAGGCAGUUCUACCGAAGCCACAGCCUUCAUCAACUCAGAACAGUGAUACAGUGCAGAAUGUGUUUGAGAAGACUACUGUUCAGAGUCUCAGCAGAAAACCUGAUUUCUCCUUAUCUGAUACAUCUAUCUUAAGUCAGAGGCAUAGGACUUUUGGCCCCGACAGCAAGCAGACCAAGAGACCUGUUUCAGGACCAGCAACAAUUGGACCAACAAACAUCAGAGCCUCUGUAGAUAGAAAGCUCCUCAAGAUUAUCAACUCUCAUCAACCUGCUGUUCGCUCAUGCACAAAAAUGCCAGAGGGACUUGCAGUUCUGAACGUGGUCCGCCCUCUGACUGCCAAGGCUGCCCUGCAGAGCUUGCCGAGCAAGCCAAAUAUCUCAAUGACGGCUCAAAGCAAGACUCCCAAAUUGUAGGAAAUGCCCUCAGCAGCUGUGCGUAUGUUGUUGCCAAGUCACAGACGCUUUCAGCUGCUUUCUGUGUUUCCCAUCUUCCUAUGAGCAACACAGGCUGGCUUCUCUGACUCAUCGCGAUCUCUGAACACAGUAGUGCCCUAGGUAAGCAAAGCAGUUUAAAUAAACAAUUUGAUUGACCUCAAACAGAACUGCUGCUGCGAAUGGAGAAUCUGCAACUCCCCUAUCAACCAUUUUGGCAGCUUCUGCAAAAGGAGGAAUGAAAGCUUGUGCCUCCAUAGCCCUUUCAAGUGGCUGUAUGCCUAAUGUUUACAGCAGCUGCGUGCCUGGCCUCAUGGCCAGGGUGGCCCCUUUGACUCAUCCAGUGGAAGGAAGGUACAGACCAUCCUUCAGCAUUCCCUCAGGUAUCCAGCUGCAGCUACUUCCAUGUGUCCAACUGCUGUCAAUGGGAUGCAGUCCCUCUUGUGAAAUCACACAACAGACUGGGAAAGCUGUGUAGAAUGGAAUUGAGUGUGCUUUGAGCAGGACUCUCACUUUCAGAGCACAUCCUUGAUUCAGGCACGAACUUGGAUUCCACGUUGAUGUAGAAACACUCCAUCUUGCUUGAAAUCAUUCUUCUCUAUUCUUUUUAGCAGGGGAAAACUCAGUAGUUCAGAGGGAGUUUGGGAGAGGGGGAUUGAGCACAUCACUUUGUUUUUUUGUACUUGGAAGGAACUCCUGAUGCUCAUCCAGAAUGCUGUCAUACAGAUAUACCUGAAUUGGGUGGGUUGUGUUUUCUCCAAGCCAGAUGUCCGUUGUAAAUAUAUUUGCAGUGGACAAGGUUGAUUCCCAACAAUCUCUCCUUUACCUCAUCUUUUUCAAGCGUUUUUACCACAAAUGUAUUUGCAAUCAAAUGUUCUGUAACUUUUUUUUAUGAGAUCAGUUUUAAAGGAAUACAAGAAUAUGUGUGUGCGUGCAUGUGCUU